CUGGAAACUAAAGCGGAAGUCACCUGUGAGCUUCACACAACAGUUUUUAACUGCGAAGAAAGCAGUUCUCAGUUACAGUAGGACAUGGCUCGGUUGUUUCUCUUGGCCUUUUUCUGCCUUUUAGGUGCGGGAUUAGUUCUCGGGCAGGAAGAAUGUGUGUUUACCGAGCUGAACCAAGGUUUGGACCCGAAGUCCUGGGACGCGGGCGCAAACUAUUCCGCUCACCUGCCCAACAUUUCCGACGAGCAGGAGUGCCGAGAGGUUUGCUGUGCUAGAGAAGACUGUCAGCUGGCCCUGAUUGAGACUCCAGCCGAUGGCUCACCCCAGUGCAGCCUGGUGAACUGUAUGAAAGACGGCAAAGAUGUUUGUGUUUUGGAAGCGAGGGGUCACUCCAAAGCAUACCGUAAGAUUCAGGUCUCUGACCGCGCCAACAGCUCAACAGAUUAUUGCCGUUAUGAAAAAGAAGUAGGCCGUUGCCGGGCAUAUUUACCCCGAUUCUACUACAAUGUCACUGCCCAAACCUGUGAAAUUUUUGUGUAUGGGGGAUGUGGAGGAAACGCCAACAACUUCAAAACAAAGGAGGAAUGUCAGAGUGCUUGUAAUGGUGUAACAGGUGAUGUGCUUACUGAUACUUCAGGAUCUCCAAAAAUCAGAAAGGUCUUGUCUCAAGACAUCACAGCUAAAUCUUCUGAAGCUCCCCUACCUGAAAUGACAUCAACAGAGUAUGCAGAGAAGUGCCAGGCUGAACCACAGGUGGGGCUAUGCAGGGCCUCCAUCCCACGCUACUACUACACAAGUGGCACGUGCCAACGUUUCAGAUAUGGUGGAUGCGGUGGCAAUGAGAACAACUAUAAUUCUGAGGAGGAGUGCAUGAAAACCUGUACAGUGAAAAUUGUAGAUUCCAAGAAAACCACAGAUUCUGACAAUGCGGAAUACAAAGCGGCCUGUGUUGUGCCGGCUGACUCUGGGCCAUGCCGUGCCGCUUUCCAGAUGUUCUACUUUGAGUCGAGUACUCAGUCCUGCCAAGAGUUCAUCUACGGAGGCUGCAAAGGCAACAAGAACCGUUACAGUACCCUGGAGGAAUGCAUGUCCAAUUGUGCUGGGAAAGACGGGGGAUUUGAGGAGCAUGGAGAGCACAGGUCUCGCUGGACUCCAGCCUUUUUCCUGGUCUCCACUCUGGCCAUCAUGUCCGUUGUACUGCUUGUCGGGUUGCUCCUGAUCUCAGUGCGCCGUGUGAAGCAUCAGCACCUCCUGCUACUGGAUGACAAGCAAGAACUACUACCUGAGGAGCACAAUCCUGAGUAGGAGGCCCACAAUGACUCCUACUAAAUCCCUUUUCUUCUCUCUUUCCAGUCUCUGCUGCUGAGCAUAAGUGUAUAUAUCUACACUCCAAUUCUGUCGCACAGCCUGUCACACACAUCUUGGGUUUGGGAAAGCUUUGAGAAGGUAGGGCAUAAGUACAGUGCAGAAUAUUUGACCCAAUGGUUAUAAGUAUGUGGCAGAAAUGUCUUGUAAAGUGAAAUGACACUGACAUAUCAGCUUUCUUAUGAUUGUGUGAUGAUCUUAAUAGUUCUUUAAAACAUUGAAUCUUUAAGUGAGAAACUUAGUCUUCAGUUAUUUUUAGUGAUGGGGAAAAUGUGUUUUAACAGCCUUUUCUCUUUUGUUUUACACUAUCAAAAAUAAAGCAAUCAGCAAAUGAACAAAUACAUUUAAUUUCAUUUCCGCAUUACAAAACCAUUUCUUAGCCUCGGCGUACAUAGGAAAAUAGACAGAUUUUUGAAAGGUUUAUUAAUACAUUCCCUCAUACCUAUCUUGAUGUGUGUGAACUAAAAUAUGAAGGGAUCUUCUGUUUUUCCUUUUUAAUUUAUUCUACCUGUUGAUAAAGCAAUAUUUUUAGGUGAUUACACAUGUGAUGUAUUCUUUUCCAUCAAAUCAUUUUAGAAUCAGCGACUUUCCUUUUUCUUUUAAUUACAGUGAAAUGUUUUUAGAUACAAUUAACAGCCAAUAUUGUAGAAUGUGAGGGAUAUUGUGGGGAUACAUGUUUGAUUUUAUAGGAACACUCUUAGUCCAUGGUACACUCCAUUAUUUCAGAUUUUCUACUCAAGAUAAAACGACUACUACAUUUAAUGUAUACGCAUAAAAAUCAGCAACAGGUGAUGGAUCCAUCUGGUGGUGGAUAACACAGAAAUAUAUAUUAAAAGAUGAUGAAAGAUUUAAAGUUUAAAAUACAUUACGAGGUUAUUUAUAUGACCGAUAGGAAGCAUAAUUGGGCAUUCUUAGUAUAUACGUUAUAUUUCGCAUACAAAAUGAGAUGGAUUACUGCAAUGGUUGAACUACUGAAUGUGACAAGCAUACUGAAUAAUAAAGUACACUUUGUUUAUAUAAACAAUAUUAAGAUUGGUACUGGACCGAGAGUUAUCAUGUUAUAUAUUGGUAAUUUCUCAUUUCUAUGAAUAUAAAUUUGGUUUGUCUUAUUUUCUAACCUGAAUAAAACACUACUGAUUAUGUAACAAGAUCUUCAACACUGAAGUAAUAUUUCAUCAUCUCUUCAGAACUGGAAAUGGAAACAUAAUUUUGAAGAUAUUGAUCAAUAAUAAUAAAGGAAACACUUGUCUUAAUACCA